ACUGUUUUUGUCGCCGUCAUCAGUCAAUGGUAAAAGAUGCAAAUAGUGAGGGGGGUAAAUAUGACAUUUCAAAAACUCAGCACCUAUAAAAACGUCAAAUUCGAUUCCACCAAAAGACAAACCUGAGAUUUUUUUUCUUCCAAAGAGAAAAGUCAAAAACCAACACAAGGAUUUGAAUUUUCUCUUCUUCUCCUUGGAAAUGUCUGACUCAAGCAGAUCGCUGAUCCCGAGUUUCCUCUACUCGUCCGAUCAUCAUCGUCUGUUUCAGUCGCCGGAGCCGUCAACGACCAUGACUCAUGUUAAAUCACGGCCGUUGAUUCCUCCGACUUCCUCAUCUAAUGGUACCAGUUUCGCCAUCGCGACGCCGAACGAAAAAGUGGAAAUGUACUCGCCAGCAUACUUCGCGGCGUGUACGGUCGCCGGGAUGUUGUGCUGCGGUAUCACACACACGGCGAUUACGCCUCUCGAUGUCAUCAAAUGCAACAUGCAGAUUGAUCCACUCAAGUACAAGAACAUAACUUCUGCUUUCAAGACAACAAUCAAAGAACAAGGGCUCAAGGGUUUCACCAGAGGCUGGUCACCAACACUUCUCGGGUACAGUGCCCAGGGAGCUUUCAAAUACGGUCUCUAUGAAUAUUCCAAGAAAUACUACUCAGACAUCGUUGGACCAGAAUACGCAGCCAAAUACAAGACCUUGAUUUACCUUGCUGGCUCGGCCUCUGCAGAAAUCGUCGCUGAUGUGGCUCUUUGUCCAAUGGAAGCUGUCAAAGUCAGGGUCCAGACUCAGCCUGGUUUCGCCCGCGGUUUAUCUGAUGGUUUACCAAAGAUCAUCAAAUCCGAAGGCUUCCGCGGGCUAUACAAAGGCCUUGUUCCUCUCUGGGGACGCCAGAUUCCAUAUACGAUGAUGAAAUUUGCUACUUUUGAAAACACUGUGGAGCUCAUAUACAAAAAAGUGAUGCCUACCCCAAAAGAAGAGUGCUCAAAGCCAGUUCAGCUCGGAGUAAGCUUUGCAGGUGGUUACAUUGCUGGAAUUUUCUGUGCCGUCAUCUCACAUCCUGCAGAUAACUUAGUCUCUUUCCUCAAUAACUCUAAAGGAGCAACCGUUGCUGAUGCGGUAAAGAGGCUAGGAUUAUGGGGUAUGUUUACCCGCGGCCUUCCUCUUCGCAUUUUCAUGAUAGGAACACUCACUGGAGCGCAAUGGGUUAUCUAUGAUGCUGUCAAAGUUUUAGCUGGAUUGCCAACCACUGGUGGUGUUUCUCCAGCUACAACGCUUGCUUCAUCUGUAAGUGCAUAAAAUUACAAGUACAUUCCUCGCAUUGCCGUCACAUAAGAGCAAUAAAAGGGAAACAAAACUCCCAAUUAUUAUUCUUGUUAUGUUUCUAUUGUGUAGUAUAGUAUAAAAAUGGUGUUCACUACAUACAUCUAGCUAUUAUGUUUCUGCUUAUGGAAGUCAGUUUCAACAGAACCAAUCCAAGAGGGACUACAACUCUUGAGAUCGACAAUGGAAAGAUUUGUGUAACUUUUCA